CGACUGAGUCGGGACAAUCGACAAUCGUGAUCAUUGUUUCGUCAGAGAUAAGUGAUAAGCAGUUUGAGUACACUUUUGUUAAAAUAAGUAAACGAAUGAAUGCGUCUGUAGUUCACAGGAUGUAAAAACUAGAUAUUUAUAAGAACAUAAGUGCCAUAAAUUUCGGUGUAGUAUUGUUUGGAAAAAGUAAAGACGAUGGAUUUGUUAGAGGACUUCGUAAUAGCUCUUCUAAAUGAAAAUAUUAUCGAAAAUUACACAGCAGACACCGAAAAAGUUCGUGCUUUUUAUGAUAGAAAUUACAAAGAAAAAACCAAACUAAAAUUUUUUCCCUUUACACUAUCAUUAUGGACAAACUGGUAUGUUCUAGAAUGGUCCAAUGAGGAGGUUAUUUUCGAUACAAAUUGGAUUAACUAUUUUAAAAGAUUGGAAGAAGAUAAAUCCCUUGGCAGAAAUUACCUUACUAAUACUAAAUGUUUAUUGUGCGAUGUUGCGUAUAAUAAUUCUGAUGAAAAUCAUUCAAACAGCGAAAGUCACAAGAUUCGCUUGCAAUAUGUAAAUCAGAAAAAAAAAUUUACCGAAUCAGAUACAUUAAAGGUCCAAAUAACACAAAUAAACAACGGUCUACGUCCACUGACUUUAAAAAUUCAACAUUCAAUAAUGUCGGACAUAAAUGCUACCAUUUCUAUCAAAAAUAAUACCAAACAAGAAGUGAAUAUAUUGGAUAUCAUCGUGGUAAAUCCCCUUAUAAAAAAUGUCAAUUUAAGCGAAGAUUUUGAUAAAGGAAUUUUACUUGGACCAAAGAAACAUGUAAAUUUGAAUUUACACGCCUAUUUUGAAAAUAGUGUGUUUUUUGCGUAUCCUAUUGUGAUAGUUACUGGAGUUAAGGGAUCUAAUACCAAAACAUAUCAUCUAAAAGAAAUUAUUUUUGAAAUAACGUCGGAAUUUUCAUUUCUGGCCACUGAUGAAAAAUACGUUAAAACACAACUCAAUGCUGUUGGAAGACUCAAAGAUAUGUUGGAUACAAUAAUUCCUGGGGAACAGCCUCCUUUAUCGUCUGAAUAUAAAGAAACCCUCCAAUUAAGACAAUUCAAAAUUCCCCCUCACUUAAAUAACAAAUUAAUGGAGUUAAUUGAGAGUUGCCCACAAUUCGUCGAAGGAGGCCCAAGUGGAAGGGCUUUUUACCCACAUUUUUCAGCUUUUCUGAAUAUCUAUCCUGGAAUUAAUGCAAACAACUAUUAUUCAAACAUGGAGACAUUGCUGCAUAUUGAAGAAAAUCAAAAGUCGAUUGACAUUAGAAAUUAUGAUAUGCGUUCUGCUUUAGAAUUUAAAAAAGGCUCAACAUUAUAUGAAUUAACAGUUCCAGGAUUAGGAGAAGACAGACCUUCUAUAUUAAUAUUCGAUAAGAUUUAUGUAAAAGAGAGCAAAAAUAGCAAAACUAAGUACGAAGGAAUCGUUCAUCGGGUUUUGGAAGAGACAAUUCAUUUAGGAUUAAACAGAAGGUUUAAUGAUAUUUUUUUGAACAAAAAGGAAUAUCACAUUGAAUUUGGUUUCAAUAGGCGUUCUAUUAAAGUUGAAAAACAAGCCUUAUUUUUGGCUGAAAGUCAUGGAAUCGUUCCUUGCCUAUUUCCAAGUAGAAUAGAAAUUCAACUAUUAACCAACCAACCCAGUUUACAUUUUUCCAACCGGGUUUUGAAUGAGGCACAAAAAACGGCAGUUAAUAGUAUUCUAAUGCCUAAAAAUUACCCGUUUGUGAUAUUUGGACCACCUGGUACAGGCAAAACGGUAACAGUGGUAGAAGCAGCGUACCAGUUAUGGAAAAACUACCCCAAUAGCAGAGUAUUAAUAUGCGCCCCCUCAAAUGCUGCUGCUAAUGAAGUGGCCUACAGAUUAGUAGAUAUAAUCUCAAAGAGCGACAUAUUUAGACUGAUUGGGAAUUAUUAUUCUUCAGUAGUAGAAAAGGGCUUCAAGAAGAUCAUAGAUAUUAUCAAUGUCGAAAAGGAUAAAUCAUGGUAUAUGCCUUCGAUGGAAGAUUUGUUAAAACGAAGAAUUUUGAUUACGACUAUAAUCACAGCGGCGAGGCUUGUCAAUGGUGGAACACCGCCCGGUCAUUUUACUCACGUCUUUAUCGACGAAAGCGGUUUCGCAACUGAAACCCAAACUCUAAUUCCAAUAGCCGGGAUCUUAUCUAGUGCAGAGGUUCAAGGGAAAUUAACGGGCCAAAUAAUUUUGACUGGAGAUCCCAAACAACUGGGACCUAGAGUUCAUUCGAGUUUUGCUCAAUAUUGUGGAUACGGUACCUCUCUUCUAGAAAGAUUAUUAAAAACUUGUGACGUUUAUGCUAGAACUGGAAAUGAUGAUUGCUACGAUAACCGGUCCGUAACUAAACUUAUCAAAAAUUAUAGAUCUCACGAAACCAUUUUAAAAGUACCAAACGAUUUGUUCUACCAUGGACAAUUGCAAGCAGAAGGUAAUGAAUUUACCCACACUUUUGAAGGCUGGGAGCAUCUUAAAAAUGCCAAAUUUCCAGUAAUUUUUCAUCAUGUCGAAGGAGAAGAUGUUAGAGAAAAAACGUCACCUAGUUUCUUUAAUGUCCAAGAAAUAGAAGUAGUUGUAGAUUACUUGAAAAAAAUUAUAUCGAACAGAGUGAGAGGCCGUCAAAUAAUUCAAGAUGAUGUUGGUGUAAUUACGCCUUACCGUAAACAAGUUGAAAAAAUUAGAAACGCGUGUUCUAAAACGCAAUGGAACUCCCUUCUCGUCGGAUCUGUGGAACAGUUCCAAGGAAAAGAAAGAAUGAUUAUAGUUAUAUCUACUGUUAGAUCCAAGAACGUUCAUAAGUACGAACAGAUUGAUCAGAAAUGUCAAUUGGGCUUUUUAAAAAAUCCUAAGCGAUUCAACGUCGCCCUGACAAGAGCUAAAGCCCUUUUAAUCGUAAUUGGCAACGCGAAUGUUUUGAAAACCGAUAAUAACUGGUCGAGUUUCAUCAAAUACUGUUUGGAAAAUAAUUCUGUAGCAGGAAAACGAUUUACACUGUCUGACAAUGAAGAGUAAUUAUGAGCUUGCAGAUUCACAGAAUGAAGCCAAUUUGUACCCAGAUGUUUUAAGAAUGUUAAUUUUAUUCAUUAGUUUUGUAGAAUUUUUUAAUU